AUAAUAAAGCUUUCUUUUUCUGUAAAACCUCAAAAGAGAGAGAGAGAGAGAGUUGCUUUGGUUGUUGUUGGUAUUAGCUGAUGAGGCAAUACCCACCCAGCAGCAGCCAAGCACCACCACCACUUCACCAUUUUUUUUUGUUCUCUCCAUCAAUUUCAGUCGGGUACGCUUUUCUAGGGUUUUUUUAUUUAUUAUUAUGCUCUCGUCUUCCUCCAUGUCAUCCUCUCGAUUUUGCUUCAACCACGAAUGUUCCGAGUUCAAGCUCCAACAUUGCCGUCCUGGUUGGCGUAUCCGUACUGGCGAUUUCGUCGACCUCUGUGAUCGUUGCGCUUCUGUUUAUGAGCAAGGAAAGUUUUGUGACGUAUUUCACCUAAAGGCUUCCGGGUGGAGGUGUUGUGAGUCAUGUGGAAAGCGAGUUCAUUGUGGUUGUAUUGUCUCUGCAUCUGCUUAUAUGUUACUGGAUGCUGGAGGAAUUGAGUGUUUGGCUUGCGCAAGAAAAAAACUUGCUUUGGGACCCAAUUUUUCGCCAUCACCAUCCUUUCUUUUCCAAUCUCCAAUUUCUGAAAAAUUCAAGGACUUGUCGCUCAACUGGAGUUCUUCAACUAGGUCAAAUCAGAUGAGCUUCCAGCCUCCUAGUUGUUCAGGUCCUUCAUUUCUGCAGUUUGAUUUGCGUAAACGUGGAGAUAAUAAUGAAUUUAGUCAACCUACUUCUAAAGAGAGGGCCGCUGCAUGUUCCAUGGAGAGAAAAAGGGGACUGAAUAACAUGAUAGGGAAAUUAGUGAGUGAAAACUCAAAAAAUUAUGAAGUAUCUCCUUUUACAAAUGGAACAAAUGUCAAUGUCUAUCACCCAUUGAUCUCAAUAAAGGAGGGUUCAUGUGGGACACAGUUUGCGUUUCCUGUGCCAAUUACAACACCAAUUGAGAGAACUGGUCACUCUAGACUAGGUGGAAGUCAUUUAUGGCAUACAGCUAAUUGUUCUCCACUAAGUCGCUUACACAAUGACUUGAAUGGCGGAGCAGACUCGCCAUUCGAAUGCAAGAGUCGUAAUGUGAGGACUCAUUUUGAUACACCAGGAACAUAUCAGGUGGUUCCACAAUAUUGGCCCAAGGUUUCAUAUAUAAACCAAGUUCUGCAGAAUCAAUCAAAAGAAUCUGAAUCGGUUGUCACCCAUCUCUUUGAGAAGAUGCUAAGUGCAAGUGAUACCGGAAGAGUUGGGCGGAUGGUGCUGCCAAAGAAAUGUGCAGAGGCUUUCUUACCCCAAAUUUCCAACCCCGAGGGUGUGCCUCUCAAAAUACUGGACCCAAUGGGUAAAGAAUGGAUAUUUCAUUUUCGCUUUUGGGCCACCAACAAGAGCAGAAUUUAUGUUCUAGAGGGAGUAGGUCCAUGCAUACAGAGCCUGCAGUUGCAGACUGGUGAUACAGUCAUAUUCAAUCGAUUAGAUCCAGAAAGGAAGUUAAUGUUGGGAUUCAGAAAGGCUUCCGUUGCUCAAUCAUCUGAUCAGGAAACUGACUCAACGAAUAACAAUCGUGACACUUGCACAAACAGAGAUCAGGCUGAACCAGCUGAUAUGCAUUCACUGUCUAAAGUUAAGAAGCCCGCCUAUAUAACUAAAGAAACCCCAGGGGUAGAAAUUUCCUCCAGUAAGAAGAAAAGCAGCAUGAUGAAUACAAGAGGUAAACGUCGAAAAGUUGAAAAGGGAGACCACAUCGAGCUACAGCUAACGUGGGAAGAAGCUCAAGGAUUCCUCCUGCCUCCUCCCAACUUCACUCCAUCUAAAGUUGUGAUAGAGGAUUCUGAGUUCGAGGAGUAUGAGGAUGCUCCAAUCAUCGGGAAGCCUAUUGAUGAUACAAGUUUUAGAUCAACAUGCACUCCAGAUCAAAAACCUGUAGCUGAACAGCAAGAUGAGGAAACCAUGGAAGAUGUUGAAGGACUCUUGAUGUCACCCAAAACAACCAAAAAGCACCCCCGACAUAGAAAUGACUGUACUUGUAUCGUUUGCAUACAAUCCCCAAGUGGGGCAGGUACUAAACACGACCGAUGCUGUUCUUGUGCGGUCUGCGAAGCUGGAAAAAGCCGUAGGCGUUCUCUGUUGUUACGGAGGGAAAAGAAGCAGAUGGGGAAAGAAGACGAUCCACACAAGGAGCUCGAGCAACCAAACUCUGAUAAUGAACUUUGCCAAUCUGGUAACAACAGUGAGAACCAUGAGAGUCUUCCUUCGCCUGUGAAAGGCCAAUUAGAUUUGAACUUCAAACCAGAAAAAGACGGAGAAUCUCUGCCUGGUUCUAACAAAGCUACCAAGAAAAAGACUCUGCAUCAUGAUGACACAGUGAAGUCUAGCUUCAAGUCACCAAGCUCAUCAACUGCUCAUAGCCAAAUUAACAAAGAAGAAGAAGAAACUGCAGACACCACCACAAGCUCCAUAUAGAUUUUGCAGACUUCUAUUGCUGCAAGGUGAAUACUGAAUAUUUUGGGAAAGUAUAUUUUUUUAACACCACAGGCAUUGCGCAUUUUGUAGAUAAAAUGGGCAGUUAAUAUCCUUAAUUAUGAAAGCUCAUUACUUUUCUGACUCACAUCUAAUGACAAUGGGCAAAAUUUUAAAUUCCCUUCA